UAUGGAGUUUACAUCUAACACAUCAAGAAGAUACAUUUUAAUUCUUAAAAUUAAUUACUUACCUUAAAAUUAUUUUUCAAAACUUUACUCAAAACAUGAGAUAAUUUAAUAAAAUAAUUAUAUCAAUCAUUAUUUUUGAAAAGGCGCCCAAGUCCGAAUUUGACAGGUAAAAAUUGUCAAGAUCGGUCAGUUGUAAUAAACUCAAGAAGGAAGAAUCCUUGUACUAUCGAAGUACACUGAUCAACUUACUGUUAACUUCCAAAAUUCAUCUAUGGCAAUUUCCCUUUGCUUUUUUUCCCCUUUCACUUCAAAUCCAAUACACCAUCCAACAAUCCCCCUUUACAAACCCAUCAUCACUUUCCCAACUCCAAAGAUUAUAAACCCAAAUUCCAAGAAAAUAAAAUGCAUUCCUGAAAACCCUCAUAAUCUUGCUGUAAUUCAAGAAAAAACCAAAUGGGAAAAUUGGUUGUCAAUUGCAGCAAGUCUUUAUCCUGUUUAUGUUACUGUUGGUGGAGUUGUUGCUUGCUUAAAGCCAUCAACUUUUUCAUGGUUUGUUAAAGCUGGUCCUACUUCUUAUAGUUUGGCUCUUUGGUUUAUAAUGCUCGCUAUGGGUCUUACCUUGGAGCUCAAUGAGUUAAUCAACUUGUUAUUACAAAGGCCAAAUUCUAUUCUGUUGGGUUGUGCUGCUCAAUAUACUAUUAUGCCAGCCUUGGGAGUGAUUCUCAGCAAAAUCUUGGGUCUGCCUCCUUCCAUUUCAGUCGGUCUGAUAUUGCUUGCCUGUUGCCCCGGAGGUACAGCGUCUAAUGUGGUAACCUUAAUUGCACAAGGAGAUGUCCCGUUAUCAAUAGUGAUGACAGCAUGCACUACAAUUGCUGCAGUGCUUCUCACUCCCACCUUGACAAAGUUUCUGGCAGGAACUUAUGUUCCUGUGGAUGCUUUCAAGCUUUCUAUCAGCACGCUCCAGGUCGUGGUUGCCCCAAUUCUCGUGGGUUCUUAUAUGCAGCACAAAUUUCCGAAAGCCGUGAAAAUUUUUACACCUUUUGCUCCCCUUCUCGCAGUCUUAGCUACAUCUCUUGUUUCUGCCAGUAUAUUCUCUGAAAAUGUUGGUCGUCUGAGAUCUUCCGUGGUUGGCAUGUCAUUCUCUUCUGAUUUGCCUCUACUCAGCCGUGCUCAGAAUGUGCUAGCUAGUGAAUUUGGGUUGGUUGCGGUGUCUGUCGCAUCACUUCAUUUUGCUGGUUUCUUUGUUGGGUAUCUUUCUGCUGCUUUGGCCAGUUUUAGCGAACCUCAAAGACGAGCUGUAUCCAUCGAGGUGGGCAUGCAAAAUUCCGCCUUGGGCGUGGUUUUAGCGACCACCCAUUUCUCUUCACCAGCAGUUGCAUUACCUGCUGCAACUUCAGCGAUCAUUAUGAACGUAAUGGGUAGUUGUUUAGGCUUCUUUUGGAGAUGUAUUAACCCUACUCAACCGAAGAGUAGUCUUGAAGUGACUGAUAAAUCAUGAAUAUUCAUGUUGAACCGUACUGUUCUUUUUCUUCCUGUUGUACACCUAUCAAUAAAUAUUUGUUUUCACCA